AUGCUGUAUUAUCGCAAUCUCGCUCUUCUCUCUCUCCUGAGCCUAAGCAGCGCUGCUCCCUCGCAGGUUGAGCGCUCUCCUGAUGCAGUAUUCAAGCCUCGCGCCGUCUGCACGCCAACGGCUGGUGGAAGUUCUUCGAUCGACGAUGUACCAGCCAUCAGGAAGGCCAUUUCCUCGUGCGGCAAUGGAGGCACGAUAGUAUUUCCCGCUGGGUCGACCUACUAUUUGAACAGUGUGCUGGAUCUUGCUGGGUGCUCGAACUGUGAUAUUCAAGUUGAAGGUCUACUCAUGUUCAGCGGCUCGACCGAGUACUGGGGUGGCAAGACUGCUAUGAUCAAUAUCAAUAAGAUCAAUGCCUUGAAGCUCCGAUCCUUGACGGGGUCCGGUGUCAUCGAUGGCAAUGGACAGAAUGCAUACGAUCUUUUUGCCUCCAAUAGCGACUAUGAACGUCCCACGCUGCUCUACAUCACUGGCGGUAGCAACAUCGAAGUGUCCGGCCUCCGCCAGAGGAACCCCCCCAACGUGUUCAACUCGGUCAAAGGCGACGCGAAGGACGUUACCUUCACGAACCUCCGCAUGGACGCAACCUCCCGUUCCGACAAUCCCCCGAAAAAUACGGACGGCUUCGACAUCGGCUCCAGCACGCAUGUCACCAUCUCGUCCGUCAGUGUGAGCAACGAUGACGACUGUGUGGCUUUGAAACCGGGCUGCAACUACGUGACUGUCGAGAAUGUCACCUGCACCGGGUCGCACGGUAUCUCCGUCGGCUCACUGGGCAAAAGCAGCGCCGAUACGGUGCAAAAUGUCUACGCGCAUCGCAUCACCAUGAUUGAUUCGACCAAGGCAGCCGGGAUCAAGACCUAUCCUAGCGGGAACGGCCAUGGCUUGUCAACCGUGAAGAACGUGACUUUCUCCGACUUCAACGUGCGAGGGUGCGACUACGCCUUCCAGAUCCAGAGCUGCUACGGGGAAAGCGCCUCCUACUGCGCGAGCCACCCAGGCAAUGCCAUUCUGCAGGAUAUUAUCGUCAAGGGGUUCUCGGGAACUACGAGUGGCAAGGACGACUGGGUUGUCGCAGAUCUGAAUUGUGGCGCCCGUGGCACUUGCGACGUUAGUAUGAGUGAUUUUAGUGUCAAGGCGCCAUCUGGAAAGGCAACCGUUCUGUGUGCUAACACGCCUUCAAGCCUGGGUGUGACCUGCACCUCGGGUGCUUCGGGUUAA